UUUGUUUGCUUUCUUUUUUCAUUUCAUUUCAUUUUCUCUUCUCUCUCUCUCUUUCUAAACCCUUUCGAAGAACGAAAUUGAAAUUCUAGGGUUUGGAAUCACAAUUAGGGUUUGUAAAUCGUUUCUACUCGAAAUCUAGGGUUAGGGUUAUCGUGCAGAGCAAUUGGAGGGAUCUGAAUCUGUAGCUUUAGAAGUAUCAAGAAGAGGAGACAAAAACGACGAGAGAAAGAAGAUCAAAAUGAGCUUGGAUUCGGUCCCUUCAAACACGAAUGGAAGCCUCGACGAGCAGAUUUCUCAGCUCAUGCAGUGCAAGCCCUUGUCGGAGCAAGAGGUUAGAAUGUUAUGUGAUAAGGCUAAAGAGAUAUUGAUGGAAGAAAGCAAUGUCCAGCCUGUGAAGAGCCCUGUUACAAUCUGUGGUGAUAUUCAUGGGCAAUUUCAUGAUCUUGCAGAGCUUUUUCGCAUUGGGGGAAAGUGUCCGGAUACAAAUUACUUGUUCAUGGGGGAUUAUGUCGACCGUGGGUACUACUCAGUUGAAACUGUAACACUACUUGUUGCUUUGAAAGUGCGUUAUUCUCAGAGGAUUACUAUUCUUAGGGGAAAUCAUGAAAGUCGUCAGAUUACUCAAGUUUAUGGGUUCUAUGAUGAGUGCCUUAGGAAGUAUGGAAAUGCCAAUGUCUGGAAGAUAUUUACAGAUUUGUUCGACUAUUUUCCACUGACUGCAUUGGUUGAAUCAGAAAUAUUUUGUCUCCAUGGUGGAUUAUCUCCAUCCAUUGAGACCCUUGAUAACAUACGUAAUUUUGAUCGUGUUCAAGAAGUUCCCCAUGAGGGUCCGAUGUGUGAUCUUUUAUGGUCUGAUCCAGAUGAUCGUUGUGGUUGGGGUAUCUCACCCAGGGGUGCUGGAUACACCUUUGGUCAAGAUAUAUCAGAGCAAUUUAAUCAUACAAAUAACUUAAAGCUGAUUGCAAGGGCGCACCAGCUGGUUAUGGAAGGAUACAACUGGGGUCAUGAACAAAAAGUGGUUACUAUAUUUAGUGCACCUAAUUAUUGUUAUCGCUGUGGAAACAUGGCAUCCAUCUUGGAAGUUGAUGACUGCAAGGGUCACACUUUCAUUCAGUUUGAGCCUGCUCCAAGGAGAGGAGAGCCAGAUGUGACAAGGAGAACACCUGACUACUUCCUAUGAUGCAAGCUGGUAUUAAAUCGAUAUAUUCCCUGCAUCCAGUGCCUGCAGGUGGUUUAUGUACUGAGGGCUUUUUUCAAAUUUAAGAUUUAUAAUUUCACUGAGGUGAUGAUUGGGUGGAAAAGCAUGUAGAAUUGGCAGGGACAGCCCCUUCAUUCGGUUGUUUGCUUAAGUUUCAACAAAGAGGAAGCAGUGGAGCUGGCGUCGCCGUAGUGGCUCAAGUACCAUUUCCAGCAAACAAUAUGGCAUUUUUAUUUCUUUAUUUUGAUUUUGUUCCUUUCUCUUGUCCUUUUUCUCAUGUAGAAGGAUACAAUAUCUUGGGGUUGGGGAUCUGUAGAGGGAUGAUGAGUCAACUUUUCUAUUUUUGUCUUUUAUAAUGGGUGCUUUAUAAUUUUUUCCUUAGUCUCAAUCUAAUGUGUUCUCUAGCAACUUCUUUUCUUUGUUUUCAUUCUAUUUUCUGUUGCUUUGGACUGUACAGGUUUGGAUGGUUGCAUUUGAAAGUAUUCUCAUCCCUUCAAGGUUUAUUUUAUUA